AUGAACACAAGCCCCAGUGGCCACCAGAGCCAGACAAUCAAGUGGAGAUCCCUGGGCAGUAGCCACAAAAACUGGGGCACCAUAUGUAAAAUCCAGGACACCAGCUCCCUUCCAGGAACUCCUAGCACUCUUGAGCUUGUGAAGCCUUGUGAUUUUCCAGAAAUAAAACACGGACGUCUACAUUAUGAAGAGUAUUAUAAACCAUACUUUCCAGUACCUAUAGGAAAACAGUAUUACUAUUACUGUGAUCAAAAUUUUGUGACUCCUUCAGGACGUAGAGGGGGUUAUCUUGAUUGCAGACAAGAAGGAUGGUCGCCAGCAGUACCCUGCCAAAGACAAUGUAUUUUCAAUUACUUGGAGCAUGGAUAUUAUCCAUAUGAGGGAAAAAAUUAUUUACAGGGGCAAUCUGUAAAAGUUGAUUGCUAUUCUGGCUACAGUCUUCCAGAUGAGCAGACAAUAAUGACAUGUACGGAGAAUGGCUGGUCCCCUCCUCCCAAAUGUAUCCAUGUCAAAACAUGUUCAAAAUCAGAUAUAGAAAUUGAGAAUGGAUUUAUUUCUGAAUCUGACUUUACAUAUCCCUUAAAUAAACGAGCACGAUAUAAGUGUAAACCAGGCUAUGUAACAGCAGAUGGUAAAGCAUCAGGAUCAAUUACAUGUCUGCAAAGUGGAUGGUCAGCUCAGCCCACAUGCAUCAAAUCUUGUGAUAUGCCACUAUUUGAGAAGGCCAGAGCCAAAAGUGAUAGAACAUGGUUUAAGCUCAAUGACAGAUUGGACUACGUGUGCCGUGAUGGCUAUGAGAGCAGAGAUGGACGCACCACAGGUUCCAUAGUUUGUGGUAACGAUGGCUGGUCUGAUACACCCACAUGUUAUGAAAGAGAAUGCAGUAUUCCCCAAAUAGACAGCUUAUUAAAUGUUGAGCCCAAGAAACGCACUUACAAAGUUGGAGAUGUACUGAAAUUCUCCUGCAGACAAAGACGUAUAAGAGUUGGAGCAGAUUCAAUUCAGUGCUACCACUUCGGAUGGUCCCCUGAUUUUCCAAUAUGUAAAGAGCAUGUACGGGCGUGUGGUCCACCCCCUCCACUCCCCAAUGGAGAAGUUAAAGAAACACAGAAAGAGGAAUAUGGACACAGCGAAGAGGUGGAAUAUGUUUGCAAUCCUAGAUUUCUGUUGAAGGGUUCUAACAAAACUCAGUGUGUUGAUGGAAAAUGGACAACCUUGCCUGUGUGUAUUGAGGAAGAGAGUACCUGUGGAGAUAUACCUGAGCUUGAUCACGGCGAUGUCCAGCCUUCCGCCCCUCCCUAUCACCAUGGAGAUUCAGUAGAGUUCAACUGCAGAGAAGCAUUUACAAUGAUUGGACACAGAUCAGUUAUGUGUCUUCGUGGAACCUGGACCCAACUUCCUCAGUGCAUUGCAACAGAUGAACUUGUGAAGUGUACGUUUCCAAAGUUAAUUCUACGUGAGACAAACCCAUCAGAUGAGAAUGAAUUUAAUCAUGGCCACAACAUAAAUUACAAAUGUAAAGGAAAAUCCAAACGCUCAGUCUGCAUAAAUGGAAAAUGGGAUCCUGAAGUUACCUGCACAGAAGAAAAAGUACAAUCAUGCCCACCUCCACCUCAGAUUCCCAAUGCUCAAGAUAUGACAACAACAGUGAAUUAUCGAGAUGGAGAAAAAAUAUCUGUUCUCUGUCAAGAAAAAUAUCUAAUUCAAGGAGAGGAAGAAAUUGUGUGCAAAGAUGGAAGAUGGGAGUCAACACCACGCUGUGUGGAAAAAAUUCCAUGUUCUCAACCACCUCAUAUAGAACAUGGAACCAUUGAAUCACCUAACUCUCCAGAAGAAAAGAAAGAGAGAUUUGAACCCAAGCUUUAUCCACAUAGCACCAGAUUAAGUUAUAUUUGUGAUGAUGGUUUCAGGAUAUCUGAAGAAGAUAGGAUAACAUGCCACAUGGGAAAAUGGAGUUCUCCACCUCAGUGUGUAGGAAUUCCUUGCGAACAGCCACCUCCGAUCCCACACGGUGUUCAGUCUCACAAGUUACGCAGUUACCAAUAUGGAGAAGAAGUUAUGUACAGCUGUACCGAAGGCUUCGGGAUUGAUGGACCUGCAUCUAUAAAGUGUUUAGGAGGAAAAUGGUCCGAUCCUCCAGAAUGCAUAAAAACGGACUGUUUUAGCUUACCCAGCUUUGAUGAUGCUAUACUCAUAGACCAGAAGAAGGAGUCAUAUAGGUCAGGAGAACAAGUGUCUUAUAAAUGUCCCAAAUAUUACCAAUUGGAUGGAUCCAGUAUUGUCCAGUGUAUUAACGGCAAGUGGAUAGGAAGGCCAACCUGCAGAGAUGUUUCCUGUGAGAAACCACCCAAAGUGGAAAAUGCUGUUAUACUAAGUGUGAUGCCUAGGUAUCCACCUGGGGAGAGAGUACGUUAUGAAUGCAACAAACCUUUUGAUCUGUUUGGGGAAAUAGAAGUGACAUGUUUGAAUGGAACUUGGACAGACCCACCUCAGUGCAAAGACUCUAAAGGAAAAUGUGGGCCCCCUCCACCUAUUGACAAUGGAGACAUUACCUCAUUCCCAUUACCAGUGUAUGCUCCAGGAUCCUCAGUUGAGUACCAAUGCCAGUCCUUCCAUGUGCUUCAGGGAAACAGGAAUAUAAUAUGUAGGAAUGGACAGUGGUCAGAACCACCAAAUUGUUUAGAUGCAUGUGUAAUAUCAGAAGAAAUGAUGGAAAAACAUAAGAUAGAACUACGAUGGUCAUAUGACAAAAAAUUGUAUUCUGAAACAGGGGAUACCGUUGAAUUUACAUGCAAACGUCGAUAUCGACCAAAGACACCACCUGCAACAUUUCGAACAACCUGUCGUGAAGGGAAAGUGGCGUAUCCCACCUGUGGAUAGAACCAUGAUUAACAUGCAGUCAUAAAAUUCACAUAUGUACAUUUAUUCAGAAUUUUUCAUUAUUAAUCCAAUCCUUCUCAGUUUAUUUCUUCAAGUAUUGUUUAACUCAUUUUUACUCAUACAUUAGAAUUUGUGUUAAAUAUUAUGUGGACAAUGUGAUUAUAAUCUGAGAGACCAAUGAAUCAAUUCUAAAAGAACCUCAUUAAAACUUGGCAAAUGAAAACGCUCUGUGUCCUGUUCAUCAAGUAUCUAUGGCCAGAAUCUAGAUGCCAUCACCUCAGUGCCUGCUUCCAUCCAUCCUUCUCCCAACUUUCCCAAAGCUUCUCCAUAACCUCUGAGGUUUUCUGAGACUCUCUAUUUCAGAGGAAAUGGAAAAAA